AUGCUUGCGCUGGGUGCCUCUGCCCAGCAUCAGCUUCAGAUCACUCAGGCUCAAAACAAAGGACUGAAACUUGACGAGGGGACGAUUGACGUGCAUCACAAUGAGGUAGCGCGGGUAGCAACGGAGACGUACCUGGCGGGGGAGGCUGCAGAUCAACUGGAUGAGGACUUGGCAGAGCUCGUUCAGCACCACUUUGUGACAAAAGCAAAGCUGGUGAGCAGCAUUGCGCCUGGUGAGCGAUGUGGUCUUUGUACCUUUGCACUUUGUCUGGACAAGCGCAAACAGCAGAAAAUGGGCCUUGCCGGAAGCUAGCUAUGAGCUUUGAUGAUAGAUGUGCAUCACCAUGAGGAAGCGCAGGGAGCAAUGGAGAUGUACCUGGUGCAACAGGCUGCAGAAUUAAUGGAUGGCAACUUGGCAGAGAUCAUUCAGGACCACUUUGUGAUGAAGGCAAAGCUGGCUAGCAACAUUGCGCCUGGUGAACAAUGUGGUCUUGCAGCCUUCACAAUUUGUCUGGACAAGCGCAACCAGCAGGAAGGGCCUUGGCAGGAUCUAGCGCUUUGA